AUGGAUAUGAAGAACAUGAGAGAGUUUAUGGGCUGGCUGUACUAUCAGUACCUGCUCAUCACAGGCAUCUAUGUGCUGGAGCCGUGGGAGCAGUCCAUCUUCAACACGCUCCUCUUCACUAUGGUGGCCAUGGUCAUUUACACCUCCUAUGUGUUUGUGCCUAUCCACGUGCGGCUGGCGCUGGAGUUCUUCUCUGAGCUGGUCCGAGGGCAACCGGAGAGCACAGUGGCCCUCAUGAACUAACGACGAAGGAAAGACGUUUUUAUUGACCUGCUGUGAGAUAACUGGCUUGAAAACUCUUGGUUAUUUUCUACUCGGGAACAAACAAGCCAGGUGAAAUGAG